UUCAGUCUGUUUGCUGGCAGAUUAGCCGCUUCUUUCAUUUUUCAUUCUGCUGUUUUAGCCACACUCAAUCAAGUCAGAAUGAAGAUAGCAGCCUUUAAUGGCAAGAACCUGGGACAGAAGAAAGUCCAGAACAAGACUGUCAUCAAACACCUCACCGAUAUCAUGUCUCGGUACAGUGUGAUUGUUCUGCUGGAGGUGGUGGAUAAGAGCGGCAAAGCCAUGGAAACUUUACUUCAAGAACUCAACCAAACUGACACUAACAGAGAACACCCCUACAAAAAAACUGCCAGCAAACAACUGGGACGAGACACCUACAAGGAGCAGUAUGUCUGUUUCUACAGACCAGAUGAAGUGACACUGACGCAAUCAUACCAGUAUGAAGAUAAUCAGGCUGGAGAUGAAGAUGCCUUUGCCAGAGAGCCCUUCAUCCUGCGCUUCGAUUGUCCAACUACAGUUGUUGAAGAUCUGGUCCUGAUCCCAGUCCACACAAAGCCAGAUGACACUCCGAAGGAGCUGGACGAGCUGCAUGAUGUGGUUGAAGACAUCAGGAAGAAAUGGAAAAAUGAUAACAUUAUGAUUUUGGGGGACUUUAAUGCAGAUGGACCUUAUCUCUCCAAGAAGAAGAAGGAAAAGAUCCGCAUCUGCUCUCCUCCCUACAAGUGGCUCAUUGCUGACGAUGUCGACACCACGGCUAGCAACAAAAAUGAUAACACCUACGACAGAAUUGUGGUGUAUGGGGACACUAUGCUGAAUGCCAUCGUCCCCAACUCGGCCAAGUCUUUCAACUUUCAGAAAGAGUUUAAGCUGACCGAUGAGGAGGUCCGGGGCAUCAGUGACCAUUACCCCGUGGAGGUGGAGCUGAAGACCAAAGAUGCGACUGCGAUGGCGUCUGGGGAAGGAAAACGGAAGCAAGGACAAGCAUCCAACACGCCAACCAAGAGAGGACGUAAGAAUGUUUAGUGUUAAACUUUCACGAUCUUGCUAUUAAUUUUUAGAAUUUGUGUUGCUCCAGUUAAAGUGUGUAAUUUUUUUUUUUUCCAAUUCAGUUUUUCUUCAGAUUUAACUGAAAUCAAAUCAAGGUUAUUUUUUGGAUAUCAUUCACUCACAGAAAAUAUGUUCAAUAAAAAUAACCUGAUUCACAAGUUGCUUCAUGUUAUGAGUAGCACUUGGCCAUGGUGGGACAAAAGAACUUCCUUUUAACAGGAAGACACCAGUACCUUGUGUGUGCUGCACAAUAUGUACACCCUACUGAACAUAUCCACUUUAAAUAAAAUGGUGAUGCAACUUUCUUGUGUCCUUCAGAGGCUGAACUCCCUGACAGUACCAAUCAAUGACCAUAAGUAAGAGGCCUUUCAGGUGCCUCUGUGUUAUCCUGAGUUCUUUUCUAACAUCCUGAACAGUUGUAAAAAGGAACCUUCUCUUUGUCAGGCGCAGACAUAAAGUCUCAAACAUUUUAGGAAAAUAUUAAGUAAUUUGGAUUGAAGCAAACAGGAAAUGCAAGGUGUUGUCUUUGUAACUGCCUCCUCACAUCCUUUUGUACAUCCUUUUUCCUCAACUAUCGCAUGUUUCAGUCCCAUUUAUUCUCUGCUGCCUCGGUCUCAGUAUGAUAGAUUGUUGUUACUUGUGCUUUAGUGGAAGUCGAUUUCUACUCCCUGGGAAGCCUCCACUUCACAGAUCGGUGGUAUGUUGCUCAUUCUCUUGAGCUGAAUUGAGCUAUUUCACUGGUAGUACACAGGUGUGACACGUGCAGCUGGAUCAGCCUCAUACAGACUGCCUUCUCCGCGCAGACGACAACACUUGUCUUUAUCAUCUGUGAUGUUAACACUGUUUUAUAACAGCUGUCGGUCAAACAGAUGGGUCGUAGACUUGAUUUUCAGGAGCCGCUGCAGACAUGCCAGGAAAUAAACGUGGGGAAUAUUUGGUCUUUAAUGAUGCGUAUCUGCUUUAACGCGACACACAGUCUGCUGUGCCGUUGGGUUUUACUUUUCCCCAUUAACACGAUAAAGAACGAUAAGUUAAACGGUUUAGUAAAUGUUACUGUUCUGCAGAAACACACUUUGAUAUCCUCCUGAGAACUGAGGUAAAUAGUAUCUGUCAGAGUAACUUUUUGUGAUUUGCGUGUCCACUGCAGAGGACAUAAUGAACAGGCGGGGUCUCAGGAGGAUAUGACUUGAGGAUGUUCAGCCCUACAGCUAAGGCAAGCUUCUCCACUCAGAUGCAGCGUUAAUCCAUUCAGGGUGCACUGUGAUUAACCUGUGGCACACCUGCCACUAGUAUUUACUAGAAAGUGGGAUUUUGUUUCAUCCUGGUAAUCUCAAGGUUUUGUUUUCUGCGAAUGUGAUUCACGUCUUACCUGGGUUACUAUGGCGAUUAUAAAUCAGCAGGUAUGAAAUUACCACGCACUCUCCUGUCAGUUCUCUGAAAAAAUAGUGUCCCAAGAAAUGAUUAUAGACUAGUUUUAUUGUUUUAUAAACAUCAGCCUAAUAACCAGUCCUAAAACAAAGCGCAUAAUUAUGUGCAGUUUGCACGUAGACUUCAGUUUUUAUCUUUUACUCUCGGAGUGUUAAACAUCACUGGCACUGCAGCUGAAAAAAACCUAAAACUGUCCUUUAAAGAUUAAUUUAAUAAAAUACUCGAUUACCAGAUUCUCUGUUAACUUACACAGCUGGAUGGCUUGCUGUAGGCUUCAAAUCAAAUUGUCAAAUUUGAUUGUUGUAGUCCCUCUUUCAGUCUGAUCAUUCAUUGAUCGCUGCUGAGAGUAAAUUAUACUCCACAGUGAUUUUAUUAUCACGUAGCUGAUUUAUUGUCUUACUGGGUUGUUUUCAUUAUGUAUUAUGUGUGUAACAUCUUCAUAUUUUUAUUAAAUUAAAUAUUAUUUUUCCUUUGGCACAAUAAUUAAUCAGUGUGAUUGGUCAGAUGCUGUCAGCUCCACACCUUUUACGUGACACGCUCGUACCUGCAACAGGAAACACUGGUUUAACUUAGCUGAAAACAGCCUUCGUGUGACCGCCUAUCCUGACUGCCAGUGUCAGCGUUAGAAACCAGGAAAGAAACGCCGGUGUCCUGGAUUCAUUCUGACAGUUACUAUUUUGUGUCCAGACAUGUGCUCUGCAACUGUAACUGUAUUUAAGCUGCCUAAAAAACAAGUCAAUAAACUUUGGAUAAAAUGUCAUAUUACUAUAUUUAGGAUGAUUACUUAUGUGGGAAUAUCACCAACUUAACUCGCAGGCUUUGCUUGUGUGUGAAAAAUAACUCACAACAAUAAAUAAACAAAAUAAAAUAAAUGCAUUUAUAAAGACAUAUUUUAUGACACAUCUGUUUGACAUUAAUCUGAAACAUCGGUUCAGGAACGCUGCUGCUUUGCUUUCUUCUUUUACCUUUUGGGGUUUUUAUGUUUCCAUGUUGUCUUUGCUCCUUUUGUUUUGCUUCUUGUUUUGCUGGAGUUUAAUUUUGUUAUUUUCACUGUGUUCCAUCAUUGUAAACCCACACGUGUCUCAUGUUUCUAUCCUCUCUGUUUUGCACAUUCAGUUUAUGUAGUGAA